AAAAGCUUCACCACACCACUUGUCUUUUUGAUAUUGUUGUUUAAUUUCGGUGCGUUUCGUUUCUUUUCUCCCUUUUUUUCCGAUGCUCAUGCCGAUGCCGGCCCCCGGAGACGCCGUCAUGGAUGCUGCCGGUGUCACCAAGGAGUUCAUGUUGUUCGGAGUCAGAGUCGUGGUUGACCCGAUGAGGAAGAGCGUCAGUAUGAACAAUCUCUCUCAGUAUGAACAUCCUCUUGAAGCUUCUAUUGAUGAUAAUAGCCGCAACAGUAAGACUACUGUCUCUGCCGCCGACAGGAAGGAAGAUUCCGCUGCCGGUUAUGCUUCUGCGGAUGAUGCUGUUCCCAAUUCCGGUGGGAAUCGCGAGCGUGAACGCAAGCGAGGUGUACCGUGGACGGAGGAAGAACACAAGCUUUUCUUGCUGGGAUUACAGAAAGUGGGGAAAGGAGAUUGGAGAGGAAUUUCGAGGAAUUUUGUUAAGACUCGAACGCCAACUCAGGUUGCUAGCCACGCCCAGAAAUACUUUCUACGCCGAAGCAACCUCAAUCGUCGCCGCCGUAGAUCCAGCCUCUUCGAUAUCACCACUGAUACGGUAAAAGAGGCUGCUGAGGAAGAACAAAUUCAAGUUCAAGAUAAUUCCUCCCAAUUACAAUCCUUGUUGCCGCCUCCACCACCUGAAACUUGUAACAUAAAUGUAUAUCAUCCCAUGAUACCAACUUUUCCUUUGUCUGUUUGCCCUGCAAUUAUACCUAUACCAAUUCCAAUGGAGACUGAUACAUCACAUGAGUUUAACUUGGAGACUGAUACAUCAUCAAUUGGUGCUGAAGUUUUGCCACUCAGUGGAACCACACUUGAGUUUAACUUGAAUUCGAAAUCAACAUUAAACUCAGGAGCUCUUUCUCUUAACCUUGCUUUGCCAUCAGACUCAUCCAAUUCGUCAAUGAAACACUCUGCUUUCCAAGGAAUGUCAAGUAUCAGCAAUGGGGAUAACAUUAUCAGUGUUGCUUAAAAUCACUUUGUAGGUUUGCAUGGUAUGAUAUAUUGAUCCGAAAGGCAAAGCGAUUAGGCGACUAACGUAAGUUGUUUGUUGUAGUUGUACAUCCCCACCCCUACCCCUAAAGAAGGGGUCAAGUAAAAGAAAAAAAAAAAAAAAAAAAAAAGAAAGGAAAAAUAGAGAACUGCCAUGGCUUGUUUCUUUGUUCAUUAUGUCAUUGCCUUUGGAUUCAUCUCCAUUUGGUGUUUGUUUGUAUAACCGAACCUAACAAGCAGUCUCUGCUCACUUCAGUUUAAUGAUAAAAGGACUUGGUUUAUUCGAUA